AUGUACUCGCAACUCCUCUCUCUCGCCGCCCUUGCCGCCACCGUCUCGGGUCACGGCCUCAUCACGAAGCCCACCCCCCGCGGCCCAGGCGAUGCAUCCGCCGCGGCGUGCGGGUCCUCCGUCGUCGCCAACAUCAAGGGCGACCUGACCUCGCACGUCGAAGGGCUCCCUGAGCUCGCGGCUAAGGAUACGGGCUACCACGGCGAGCUCUGCAACCUCUGGUUGUGCCGCGGCCUGCAGUACGCCGACAACGCGGCAAACGUUCAGGCCUAUAAGCCCGGCCAGAAGGUCUCCAUCGAGGUCCAGCUCACCAUCCCGCACGUCGGCUCCGCCAACGUCUCCAUCGUUGAUACCAAGACCGACACAAUCAUCGGCAAACCCUUGCUCAGCUGGCCCUCGGGCUACGCCGACGAGCGCCAGUUCUACGCCCACCAGACCCCCGCCAACCAGACCAAGUUUGACGUUACUAUCCCCGAGGACCUUGGCUCCAAGUGCGCUACCGCCGGCUCUUGCGUUAUCCAAUGGUGGUGGUACGGCAAGGGAGCGAGACAGACCUACGAGAGCUGUAUCGACUUUACCGCUUAA